CACCGGAAGUAUACAAAUGUUGCUAGCAAGUGUUUGUACUUUGAUUAAUUUUAAUUUGAAGUAACCACUACAGCAGCUGAAGAUAUUCUGGCCAUUUCACAUCAUUGUCAUGUCGUUUACAGUCACCUUGCAAGAUGAUUGACAGUGACAAUAGGGAAGUGCAGGGCUGAUUGGAGUGAACUGCACUGAAAGCCAGAAUGAAGAGACCAUUAACAAUGAAGAGUGGGAAAAGUGGGAAGAGUGGUGUGGCACUCAAGUCCAACUACUCUGUACAUCACCGCUCCGACAUUCUCAUGGAGGAACAUAUUGAAUCAGUGCAGAAAGGUCAAGAAGAAUUGAAGAAAGCUCUGUCUGACCUUGAAGCAGCAAAAGGGGAGGAAGAGAUUGACAAAUGUCGGACUGCAGUACAGGAGGCCAAGGAGAAAUCCGAGAAGGCCAUAAUGGUUUUACAGGUUCUAACCAAAGUUAAUACAGAGCUGCAGUUUGCUCGCAAUGAACUGGAAGAGGCCCUGGAAAAACAGGAAGGUGACAUCAACGAGGCCAGGAAGAGGGUUAUGUGGUUGGAAGACAGAAUUGGCAUACUGUGUGGGAAAGCCAGACUUAGGGGUCAAGCAAGCCAGAAACCAAGAGCAAAGAGUUUUAGGUCUCCAGAAAGGUCAUAUAGGUCAAGGUUAGGUAGUGCCACAGACAGUAGCGACAGUGAAGAUGGGUAUGAAAGGGGCCGGCCAUUGCGUAUGGGACGUAACAUGUCAAUAGAAGUUAGCGAGGUGACUACACGUCGCGCGGGCAUGUACUCCCCAAGCGAGUCAGGCUCAGAUUAUCCGGCAUACCAACAAUCAGCACGUGCAGGCCUGGCAGAUACACCGUCUUCAGGUGCAGAAUCAUACUUAAUGGCACAGCAGAAAAUGGGGAUCAUGAAGGGUCCAAGCAUGAUGUCAGGACCAGGGAUGGGGGACAGUGAGUCUGAAUCUGAAGACGGCAUGCCUCCUAUGAUGCCAGGGAUGCCACCAAUGUCAGGACCAGUCCUGGCUCAGCCAAGACAAGUUGUGGAGGACUCUGGUUCAGAGUCUGAUUCAGAAUACAGAGAUGCACCUCCCCCUCCACCUGUACAUCAAGGGGAGGGGUAUUCUGUCCUCAAACCUGCAGGUUAUAUGGCACAACAGGAAACUGAGAGCUCAAAAUUUGAGGAGGAGGCUGACACAGCUAGGAGUGAAAAAAGUGAUGUUGAGUCAGAACCAUACACAGGAAGACAGACAGAAGAACAAACGGAUAGACAGAUGGAGGAAGACACACAGGAGGUACAGGAACAAGGUGAUGAAACAGAAAUAGAAAGAAAAGAUAAAGGAGAGGAAGGAGAAGAUCUGGAGAGAGAGAAAAGUGAAGUGUCGGAACAGACAGAGACAGCCAGUUUGUAUAGUGAGGUCAGCCGACAAACUGAACAAACACAACAAGAAGCUGAUCCAGCAUUUAUGACAGAGGUGUCGUUCCACAAGGAGAAAACUGUCACUAUAAAAACACCAAAAAGACAGACUAGGCGAGGGCCCCGUAGGGUAACGUUUCGAGAUAUGGUGAAUGAGGACAUGGUACAGUCACUGGAGGUUCAGGAUGAGAGUGGGCCUGAGGAGGGACUCGACAUUGACAAGGCACGUGACUACUGGCUGUCCGAGCACCACAGGUUUGAGUACUCAGAGUACUCUGAAGUCCUACUGGAGUUGGAUCCCCUGUCAUACCACAAUGUUGGUCUUGCUCUGCCAGGGACUUUCAUAGAGAAACCAACCAAAGGUUUUGAAGGGUUGCCAUGGAGAUCUAGAAGGAAAGGAAGUGAUAUCAAUGAUAUACAUAAACUUGCCUUAGAUAAGUUAGCGGGUCGUGUACACACAAUGUAUGACAAGUUCUAUGAUGCUUCACUGCUGUCUGUGAGACCUUCACAAGGAAUAGAGGGUAAAAGGGAGACAACCAUGUUCUCUAACUUUGAUGGUACAAGAGAGGGAGCUAGGUCGGGGACUCCUACAGACAGCAGGCCUGGUAUGGUGACAGCACCACCUACAACAGCAGACGGUAUGUCUCGACCUCAGACUGUGUCACAGGAAAUAGUUCCCAGUAAACUGCGACCUGGCCUAAAUGUAUACCACCCAAAGCCUAUACCACCUCCAGAAAUGCUGCCUUUAACAAGAACUAGUAAAGAUAAGGAAUAUCCGCGACUGUCUAACACAUUCUGUGAAGCUGACGAUAUUCUUACCCACAAACCUGCAAUCAGAAUCGUUGAUCAGCGUAACCUGUACAAGGAAACUAAACUGAAGCUGUAUCGAGAUCGACCAAAGAGAAAUGAAGAUGGUCCAAGUACGACUGAGAAAAAGUUCCGUAUGAUGUUGGAACAGGAGAAAAGUCUCGCUUCACGAAGUUCACGUAGCUCCAGGCAGACAACACCAACUUCAUCGAGAUCUUCUACAGGAAAAAAUAGGGAAAGUACACCAAUGUCAACCAUUUCAAAAUCAGUUUCUUUAAUGGGUAAGGCUGGACCAGGAACUAGAAUGUCAAUGAGCAGGACACUCACUAAAGCGGAGAGUCAGACACGCCCUGACAGUGAAACUGGAGCAAGUACUUGGUCCAGACUGAAACCCAGCAGCCGUGGAAAAGAAUUUGGUGGAUUAAAGUGGGAGAGAGUAAAGACUGUUGUACAUGUUGCUCUGGUCUCGAAGCGAGCUGAGGAGAGGAGAGAUGCUGCUAAACACCUUGGUCUGCUUCGGUGCGGAGAUGCCAUGGUGUUUUUUGCCCUCAAGGAGAGGCUGAGGGUAGAUGAGGACUCUAGAGUGAAAUAUGAGGCUGCCAAGUCACUUAUUCUCCUAGGAUGUUGGGACGAGGAUGUGUUACAGAUUGUAUUGAAGUAUAUGGUGAUUGGUAACUCAGAAAUACGACAAGAUCUCAUCCUGAAUAUGAUAGAUGGAAAAAAUGUUCAAUAUGUCAACAAGAAAACACCAACGUUUCCAGAACUGGUUAAAGUUCUGAGUCAUUUCUGUUGUAACCCCGACCCAGAGGACACUAUAGCGUUUGAUGCUGCAGUGUUGCUAGGCAAACUCUGUGUCAUGGAUGAGAACGCAAAAUUCAGGCUUAUGAGAUCCCUAGAGCAUAGUACUGACACGCAUAUCAGAGCUAAAGCACUGGAAGUGUUGGUGAAGCAGUUGAACUGUACAAGUUGGGAGGUUGUUCAGCACUUGCUGUCACUGUUCAAGGAGUCACCAGUGUGGAAGUAUAGGGCUCUCGCUGCUGACCUACUAAUUGUUCUUGGUAAAGAUCAUGUAUGUAAGAGAGGUGAGGAAGAGAAGAUAUAUCAGAUUCUGGAAAGGAAAUUAUGGGAUGAUCCUAACAGGGAUGUAAGAGUAUCAGCUGCUAAAGCUCUUGCUGCUCUCGGAAUGUUUGGAAAAGCAUGUGAACGCAUUGAAAAGAGAUUGGAGGAUAUGGAUGAGGAUAUACGUGCUCAAGCUGUUAUCUCUGUUGGAACAUUAGAGAUGAAGAAUGAGAAGAUUAUACGACUCCUGUUGGAGAUGUUGGAACUAGAUGCCAGUGAAUAUGUCAGACUUAUGAUUGCUAGAACAUUCACAGUGCUCAAACUUGCUGAUAAGAGGGUCCUGAGAGCCCUCAGAGAGAGGGACAAGGUGGACGGUGCUCUAGCCAGGUUACACUUGAGAGACAUAACAAAGAGAAUCAAGGAAAGCAUUAAAAGUUCUGGAAUCUUUGGCCGUGCAGGUCCGACUUACGUCACCUACAGGCCGGAAGUCUACGGGUUCCCGCGCCUCAGCUCGCGGGAUAACACCGCGCUUCACUCCUGCAGUGACCGCAUGAGGUUACUUACUCUUGUUGGAUUCCAGUUACAGUAAGCCAAUAGGCUGAAGGGAUAAUUCUAUUGGUGUGUAAAUCUGAAAUAUAAACAUGGUAUAUACAAGAUUGUUCAUCAGUUUUGGUUACAGUAAGGCAAUAAUCUAGCUGGUAGACAUCGAGGAAUGCUAAAUUUAUUUGGUGCAGAGAUAACUGACAACCAGUAUUGAUAAAUACAUUAUCAAAAAAUGUCAGAAGAGGCAGUUUUAAAAAAAAUGGUUACUGUCAUAUAAGCUGGAAAAAGAAGCUUCAAGAUGAAAAUCAGGUUAAAUGUGCUAUGUUCUGAAGGAUAGAUAAUUUCCUGAAUCCUGGAUGUAGACGUCCACCAUAAGCAUACUUUGAAAUUGUAUUACUUGGGGACUACUUUCUAGAAUUUUCUUGUUAACAUGCGUAAUAAGUAACUGAAUUUCACAUGAAUCUUGCUGUCAAAUUUUGAAAUUGACAAAGUGAUACCCACACGAAGUAGCCAUUUUGGCCAAACCCACAAGCUUUUAUGCCAAAAUUAAGUAGUUAUACAUUUAGUGCUACACUUUUACCUUUAUUUUCACUGCAUGUUUAGUGUGGUAUGAAUACUGUGAUAUAUUCGAGAAGUUAUAUGUGCUUUUACAGAUUGUUAUUAUUUACAAAUGUAAUACAUUUAUGUUGAUGUCAUCAGUGACUUUUUUUGCCCUUUUGGGAAAAGGUCCGGUUCCAGAUAAAUUGGGAAAAAUAGCGGGGUUUUUACUCAGAUUGGGAAUUUUUAUAGUUAAUUAAUAACAUCAUUUAGAAUGCUUCUUCCUUUAAUUCCAUGUAACAUGUAAAUAUCAUCAAACAAACUGUUUGAAUGGUUAAAUCAUGGUGAAUGUCAAUGUAACUAAGUUUUCCUUCUACAAUCAUCAAAAUGCAAACUUAAUUUAGUCAUUUGGGGAAUUCUUGGAUGAUAAUUGGGAAAAAUCAUUGCAUUUUUCAGUUGGGAAAAGGUCCUUUUAGGGGUACUUUAUAAAGAAGGAAAAAAAUCGCUGGUCAUAACAUGACUAUAUACAUAGUAAUAUAAUAAUUUACUGUAGAACUGUAUGUUGAAGUUAUAUGCAGUAAGGGUACUGUUCCAGUAUUAUAAUUUAUUUUAUUUGUUAAUCAAGAUUUUAGUACAUCAUACAUAUUGCAGUUAUUAACAAACAGAGUUAUCUGUUAACAUAGCAUUUAUUUUUGAAAUAUGCAUUUUGUAAAACAACUAUAUAACCCAGAUUUUGACAUUUGCCAAUAAAAUGUUUGAUAUUUGUUCUAUGUCUGUUGAUGAUACCAUCAGUAAUACGUAAAUGCUUGAAUAUAAAUAUAAUAUAAGAUAUCUCUCAUUUACUAGUAUUUCACUACUUUCAUUUCUUAUGCAUUCAUAUUAAGUAUAAAAUGCAUUCAGUAUGUAAUAUUUACAAGUUAAUUUUAAGCAACAAUGAAACUUAAAAUCCCCAGUUUGUGAAACUGCAGCUGCCAGUAUAUUGUACAGAUAUACUUUAAAAUUGUGCAACCUCGUUUAUCAGAGUCUGAUUAUGUUUGAGUCAGUAAUCUAUGAGAAAAUUUUUUUUGCCAAACACCUUAAUAUUUUAGAUUAAAUUCUUCAUGGAAUUUUCAGACGAGUAUGUUAACUGCUGUGAUUAUUUGUUGUUGUGUUUACUCCUACAAGAACUGUGAUAAAUUUAUAAAUUCCUUGUGUUUUUGUGACGUAUAUAUGAUUGUUAAGUUUACGUAGUUUUGUAUGAACCUCUUCAAGAAUAAAGUAAAUGUCUGGAAUAAA